UCGGACAAUCAGACUACACCUUCAUUGAGAGUGACUCCAUACAGACUUUUCAGUUUAAUUCAACCGGCUCUGUGGGGGGUCCAUUCAGUAACUACUCCGUCGAUCCACAUAGCUACCGCUCAUUUAGAGCCGUUUUCGUCGUGGGCACAACUACUGUGCCAGCUGAUGUGAUACCCGGCAUGAGUGAUCAGACCUUUUUUUUUCAUAGUGACGCUAUUGGGGCUUCUGUGGACACUUACUCAUUCACAAUUGUUCAAGACUCACUUGUCGAGUACGAUGAGGAGUUUGCUUUUGCGUUUUCAUCCACUGACACCUAUGUUGUCUUGGCUGAGACACAUAUGAUUUUCUUCAUUGCUAACGACGAUCUUUUGCCUGUUGCCUUUUGUGAGCCCAACUCGACAGUAACGGAGGGAGAUGGGUCAGUCACGGUAUAUCUUGAAGUGGAUUCAUCCCUAACAGCCAUUCCCAUUGACCUGGAGAUAAUCACUCUGCCCAUCAGUGCUACAGCUGGUGAUGAUUAUGAAAACAGGACUUCGACCAUUGUGAAAGUACUUCCUGGAGUUAACACCACUUAUCAGGUCAACUACACCAUCGUCGAUGACGACGCCCUCGAACUAGAUGAGAGUUUCCUGGUAACGUUACAAGUUGCCCCAGGGGACAGCCGGUUUACUAGCAGAGUUGGAGGCAAUCACACAGUAGUUAUCACUGAUGACGCUUUAGAUAGAGAGGUAUCAAUUAUUGUUUCCAAUGGAGACGGAGUUUCGGGGGCUUACUUCAGCGAAGGAGACUUGGUCGACAUCAAUCUAACACUUGACGUUAAAGAGUUAGCAGCAAACAUCUCGUUUGAUGUGUCAUUCUCUGAUGGUACUGCUCUUCAAGGAAGUGACUAUUUUUUACCAGUAUUUUUUGUUAUAUCUUUUUCACCUGGUUCCCUUACUUGGACUCAGGAGAUUGUAAUUAUUGAUGAUGACAUCACCGAAGAUAUUGAGUAUUUUUCGUUAUAUAUAACAUCACUCGAUAAUAACAUCACUAUCGUCAAUGGGAGCAAUAUCCAGUUGUUUAUUUCCAGUGAUGACAUUUCUGAAUUGGUCUUCUUUUCUGACCCUUUGAUAACCAUCAACGAAAGAGACUCUAUCAACGUAUCUAUACGUAUUAACGGGAUGGCUGAGUCGCCUGACAUAUUCCAAGGUCUUAUCUCCGUUGUUGCCGUGGAAGGAACAGCAAUAACAAAUUCGGAUUUUACACUACUUUUGUCUGAUGUAAUCUCGCCAACAAUGGCCAUUUCCGUCACUGUUAUGGCGCUUGCAGACACUGUUAUUGAGAAUGAAGAGAGCCUUGUACUACAACUGAAUAUAUCAGACACCUCCUACUUGAGACUUGGAGACAGGAAUAACGUAACCGUGGAGAUUAAGGACGAGCCUUUCUCCGUGUCUAGUACGCUGAGUUUUAACGGCACCAAUAGCUUCCUAGAGACAGCUAAUGUUGUGUAUGUCCAAGUUACCCUGGUGUUGGAGAAUGCCACACUGGAAACAGACCUCACGUUUGGUGUGAUGGCCUUGGAUGAAACUGGAAUAAUGGGCAUAGAUUUUGAGGUGUUGAACUUCACGGUGACCUUUAGUGGCUCUGCUCUAACUCAACGAGUCUACCUGCUUAUCUAUGAGGACAAUCUAUCGUCCGAUGACAGGCAAUUCUCUCUCGCAUUCAUUACGAAUAAUAAUUUUAUAGUCUUCGUUGGGGGUAAUGUGGUGAAAGUUCAGCUUCUUAACGAGGACGAUCCGUGUAAAUUUGACCCUUGCGAUGAAAUGGCCAACUGUACCAGAAACAGUUCUUCAAAUUUCAUUUGCACUUGCUUACCUGGUUACUCAGGCAACGGCACAGUGUGUAUGGACGUUGACGAGUGCCAGUUGCAGGGAACAGGAAAUUGUAGCGAACAUGCUGAUUGUAACAACGUUGACGGUAGCUUUACAUGCAAUUGCACCAUGGGAUUCACAGGAGAUGGAUUCAACUGUACUGACAUCAACGAGUGUGAGUUGGACACAGAUAAUAAUUGUGACGAGAAUGCUGUUUGCAGAAACACUAUCGGGGGCUUUAACUGCACCUGUGUCCCUGGCUACAAGAGCUACGGAACAUUGUGUACAGAUAUUGAUGAGUGUACAAACGGGACAGAUGAUUGCCAUAACUAUGCCACUUGUAACAACACCAUGGGCAGUUUUGAGUGCACCUGUGAUGAAGGAUAUGCUGGAGAUGGUGAAACCUGCGUUGACAUCAACGAGUGUGUGUUGGAUACGGAUAAUUGUGACGAGAAUGCCGAAUGUAAUAACACUAUCGGAAGUUUCAACUGCACCUGUGACCCUGGCUACAUGGGAGACGGAACAAUGUGUACAGAUGUUGAUGAGUGUGCACAAGGGAUAGAUAAUUGCCGUGACUACGCCACAUGUAACAACAUCAUGGGCAGCUUUGAGUGUACCUGUGAUGAAGGAUUUACUGAAGACGGUGAAACCUGCAUUGACAUCACCGAGUGUGUGUUGGACACGGAUAAUAAUUGUGACGUGAAUGCCGAAUGUAAUAACACUAUCGGAGGUUUCAACUGCACCUGUGUCCCUGGCUACAUGGGAGACGGAACAAUGUGUACAGAUGUUGAUGAGUGUGCACAAGGGGUAGAUAAUUGCCGUGAUUACGCCACUUGUAAUAACACCAUGGGCAGCUUUGAGUGUACCUGUGAUGAAGGAUUUACUGAAGACGGUGAAAUCUGCAUUGACAUCAACGAGUGUGUGUUGGAUACGGAUAAUAAUUGUGACGAGAAUGCCGAAUGCAAUAACACUAUCGGAGGUUUCAAUUGCACCUGUGAUCCUGGCUACAUGGGAGACGGAACAAUGUGUACAGGAAUGAUGUUUGGUGACGAUCCUCACUUCAGCGUAGUGUUACCUGGCAGAAAGUUGCUCUGUUUCUCCGUUAUGGGACAACAUCACCUCAGUUACAAUCUCAUCAGUAACCCAAACCUACUCAUGAAUGCCAUAUUUGCUCCUGACUCAAGAAGGGAGGAAGUCACUUGGAUUGGAACCCUAGGAAUUAUUGCAAAGAAUACGACAACUGGACACAUUCAAACAAAACUGAAAUUUGAGGCACUACCUUGGAGAGUUUCAAUAAUCGAUAAAGCUACUCUAUACCCCAAAAACAUCGAAAAGAUAGUGAUUAAAAACGGAAAGGUGUUGAUAUCGGAGUCUAUGCCAACAAUUGGUUUCAAGUAUCCAUCAGUUCUCGUCAUUCUUGAAGAUUCUGGUCUCAAGUUUACGGUCAAGUUUAUGAAUGAGCAUCUGGACAUGUUCUGGCACAACACAGCUCAACAGCACAGCGACUCACAUGGGCUUAUUGGCCAGUUCUUCCGUGAUGGAGUUGAGAUCGAUGAGGUGCGUAAGAUCCUGAUUAUGCCCAGUAAGGAACCUGUCCCAGUGAUGCGUCGUCCUGUCUGGGCCUUCAUGGAGAGAGAGGACAAAGACGACCAGCUUUGCUGGACCGCCAUGAAUCCUGGAUACCAGGGAGAGGGGCUCAUUGAUGGCAAGCCUAACAACUAUCUAGUUGACAAUGUCCUUGACGAUAAGUUUAUGUACAAUGAUGUACUCUAACUUGAGAGACUAAGCUCACAGUCAUCUUUUUUGGUCAUUAUCACUUUGUCAGUACAAUAAUUGU